AUGACUCGUUUCCGUAAUUGUCCAGUCUUCAUCCAACAGCCUCCGAAGCCAUUCAUUAAGCAGCUCUACGUAUUGACUAAAAGUGGACAGAGUGGCAUCAGUUCUUUUCAUUUGGAAAUGUCGUGGAUGUUCAAUAUGCUUUUACUCAUAAUUAAAAAGGCAGUGCAUCAUCCUUUCUCCGUCUUGUUAAUCGUGUACGCCGUCAUUUCUCUCACUUCGGCAGAUGCAGAAGUUAAAAAAAAAAGUUUUAAGCAUUUGUUCUGUAAAUUUCAAAAUUCGGUGGAAUUGACGUCCAAUGUAACCAAUCGAAUGAAUUUAGGUUCCAUAGGAAGCCGAGUGCACAAUACGGCAGAUCUGCCACACUUUAAGUUGUCAAUUGGAAAUUAUGACGAAAAUUUAAACCCGAGUACCAACCAUUAUCGGCCGAUUCGCUUCCGUCCAGUUCGUGUCCGCCCAAUUAAAAGCCCGCGCCCAGUGAGUUGGAAUGAAUACGAUGCAUGUGGAGGCAACAUCCUUGUUCCAUUGUCGAACGAUCGAAACAUCUUGAUUGAACAAACCUAUAAAUCAACCGAUUUCCCUUCUGGACGCACCCAUCCUUUAGUCUGUUCCUGGAAAGUUGAGGUGAGCAAUACAAAUUGCAAUCGUGGCCUAGUCACGAUGACGGUAGACGAACUGAGCCGGUUGUCGGAUGAAGAGGGAUGUCUCAAUGGAUAUUAUCGAGUGUCUCCGUUCAUGAAAGAAGCCAAAAUUUGUGGACGCAUUGGAACUGUCCCGCCUUUCCAAUGGCACGUUGAUGACCAACAAACCGAAAAUGUCACUAUUAAUUUGAAGCAUAUCGGCCUCAAUGAUGGGGAUUCUGAAGGAAUGUCCUUCACAUUAACAGGUGAAUGUCUCCCUAACGAAGUGAACGUCACCAUCGACGGUUCCAGGAUGAAUUCCAAUGGUUAUUGGGUGGCAAAAAACCCUGAGGAUUACGGUGUACCCACCGUAGUAUUAUCAGCCGACGAACCGAAUGAUAGCCAACUCUUGUUGGAUACUCGUGAAUUGAAAGAGGAUCCACCUGAGUCUCUUGCAACAACAACAUUAUCAAGCUUAGAUGUUAAACUGGGGUUUAGCAUGGAUUAUUACCGUAAUCGCAAAUCAACUGGCCCUCAAAUUUCAGAAACACCAACGACACCCUCCCCAACACCCACUGCUCGCCCACCGUCUCAAAUGAAAUCAACUUCUUUGACAACUCGAGUGACGAAACGGCCAUCUAAUGGCAAUCCAUCGACAACCAUUCGCCCACCUACUAGACGGCCAUCUACCCCAACCAAGCGUCCAGUUACCACGUCAAAGCGUCCAACGACUCGUUCUCCAAUCAAGAAAAAUUCAAUUACCAAAAGCCCUGUUACGAAACGCCCAGUAAGCCGCCAUCCGCCAGCCGCUACAAAAACUCCGGCGAUUCGUGUUCCAACGACCACUAUCCGGCCCGCAAUUAAACGUCCUCCGACGAACAGUCCAGCACCCAACCACCAUUCCGAGAUUCCGUGGCUCAUAUUGAAGUCUCCUCAACCUGAGCAUGAAUUCUCCUCCUCCGUCAUAUAUUCACAGCAGCUAGUUGAUCACGCUCCUGUGAAUAAAAUCACACCAGUGACGUUGAGCAGUAAAGGUGAAAUCCCUUGGCUUAUUCUAAAAACCCCCCAUCACAACCAAUUGCUGUCAAAAGUUGAUCCGAUUGUCCUUCCAGCAACUACAAAGAGCCCACAUACUAAAAUCCCUACCAAAAGUGUUGCAAAGAUUCCUCCAAAGAAUCCCACGAAAAUUAGUGCAAAGACUCCUUCGAAAACUCCUUCUAAAACUGUAAAAACCCCAACGAAAAGUACCACAAGAACUCCGUACACAAUUACUACUAGAAGUCCUUCUAGAAACCCAACAAGAAAUCCCACCAGAAGCCCAACGAAGAAACCGGUAACGAAUCCUGCCAAGAUUCAAACGAAAACUUCUAUCAAAAAUUCUGCGGAAACUAAAAUCCCUACUAAAGAUUCUUCUAGAAAUCCUCUAAAAAAUGCAUCAAAGAGCUCAACAAAGAAUUCGGCAAAGAGUCCAACAAAGAGCUCAGCAAAGAGUCCAACAAAGAACUCAGCAAAGAGUCCAACAAAGAACUCAGCAAAGAGUCCAACAAAAAGUCCAACAAAAAGUUCGGCAAAGAGUCCAAUUACAAGUGCUUCUAGAAAUCCACCUUCCGAAACUUCACCAAUCAACAAUCCGCCUGCACAAGACUUAUCCGACACAAAAACCAAAUGUCCAUCGGCAUUUAAUCUUUCAACUGCAAUCCAUCCCUUUACACGUCGUCCCUCAGUUAGGAUUCUACCACCGAGCUGGGAUCAGUAUGAUACCUGUGGUGGAACCAUCAAUGUGCCUUUAUCUUUUGAUCGACUAUCGUCCUACGAGUCUUCUCAGUUCCCAGCUGGGCGCAACUUUCCUCUUAUCUGCACGUGGACGAUCAAGGUGAGAACAACCAAUUGCAGUCGGGGACGAAUCACUUUAAGGGUUGACGGACGCAGUCGUCUGGCUGACGUAAAAGGAUGCACCAAAGGAUAUUUUAGCGUUUACCCAUUCCUCAUGCAAGCAAAAAUCUGCGGUCGUAUUGGAAUCGCUGCACCUUUACACUGGUACGUCGAGGAUCAGCAGUCCGAAGAAGUUACCAUUGUUAUGGAGAACAUUGGAUUAGACGACGGUCGUUCGGAAGGCUUUUCAUUUAGCCUUCAAGGCGAAUGCAUUACGAAUAAACCAGAUAAAGCCAAACUUGAUGUUGACGUGGAAAAUUUCUGGUCCCACAAUCGUUGGAUGAAUCGAUUGUCGGAGGACUUUAGGACAGGAGACGGUCCCAGGGUGAUUGCGCCUGGCGUAUUUGCAUCCACAAUAACGCAGGAAAUCGAAACUGAUGACACACAUGUUUCUUUGGACUCUAUCGAAUACGAUGACUACAGCGAUGUGACGGAGGCCACUACCCUCCAACACUCCAUUACCAGUAAACCUUGGACAGUUGUUUAUCCAGAAGAUACCACCUCUCCUGCGGAACCAGAGCAACUGUACACAACUGUUCGUCCUUCAACCACGACAUCAUCUUAUCAUGAAAUUCCAUCUACGACAGCUCCUCAAGUCACUCGUCGUUCAACAACAACUACAAAGCAGCCAACGACUAGGACGCAACCAACAACUACAAAGCAGCCAACGACUCGUACUGCUAUUACCAAACGCCCAAUUACUUCGACCACUAGUACAGAGAUUCCGUGGCUCAUUUUGCAAUCUCCCGAUCCUGAUUAUGCAUCGAUUGCCCGCCCUAAAUCAACUACAAAAUACCCGGUUGUCGUUCAUCCAACUACAAAACGUCCAACUGUUCCUCAUCCACAAACUACCCCUCCAGUAGUUACUCGCCGACCAACUACACAGCAUCCCGUUACUAGGUUCCCUUCAACGAAUGGGCGACCAACUAUCACUACCCGAUCUCCACCGACUACAACCCGUCCGGUUUCCACUACCAGCAUUCCUUGGCUUAUUUUGAAAUCUUCCUUUUUGAACCAAACCAACCACUCUUCGACAGGCAGCAAAAACACGACGAACACCGCACAGCCGUUGAAGAGACCGUCAACAGAACCAAACGUAGUGAAGCCACCGAUAGGAUUUUAUAACACCGAAUGGCACACUGACAGCUCAUCAACUUACGUGCCAACUUUGAACGGUGGUCAACUUCGAGUCGAUACGUGCCAAGGAAACAUAGUUGUACCCAUGACCUCUGAUCCGAAAUCACACAAAGAAUUCGUCACUUUGAAAUCGACAUGGUUUCCCUUUAAUCGCAUCACUCCGCUUAUCUGUUCUUGGAAUGUCAAGGCAAGCAAAAAUUGUCAUCGGGGCAUCAUUACUAUGACUAUCGAUGAACGCAGUCGACUAGCUGAUGAUGUGGAAUGUCUGAGAGGAUAUUACCGGGUGGCUCCGUUCAUGAAUGAUUCCAAAAUUUGUGGACGUGUCCACACUGUUCCAGCCUUCCAGUGGUACGUUGACCAUAGUCAACCGGAGGAUGUCAGCAUUAUCUUGAAACAUGUAGGACUCAAUGACGGCUAUUCUGAGGGCCUAUCUUUUACGCUGUCAGGUGAAUGUCUUCCCGAAAAAUCGGAUUUGACGAAAAGUAAAGCCAUUCAUUCCUACAAGGACUGGUUGCAGCAGCUCGCAAGUCAAUCUCGCAACCUUGGAGUUCCCACAGUGAUCGUACCAGACGUCUAUUCCACAAGCGCUAGUGGAUCAUCCUUGUCGGAUGCUUAUCCAGAGGCUAAAACCGAUCCUGAAGAUUUCUCUAAUACUUCAUUAGCAAAACAAAGUCCAGAGACAUCUCCGAUCACUGCUGCGAAAUCGCCCGAUCACAUUCUUUCCCUGUCGUCGUUUUAUGCUAACAUCAGCAGCGCUGAUGGUAUUCAUUUUCCCGACGCUUCCAAUGACGAUCUUGAAGAUCUUUGGCUAAUCCUGCAAUCUCCAAGUUCUAGGCAAUCUUUACCUAUACCAUCAGAAGAUGAAUCCAACAAUGUAAGUCUGGAAGUUUCCAAAACACCCAAUAUCCCUGUGGAUGACAUGUUUGAUGACGCUCUGUCAUAUAUUACCAGGCUGUUAAAUGAAACGAAAAAGAUAAGUAAUCCACUUAAGAAGAGACAGUAGUGGCUUGUCGAAGAGCAAAUAUGUUAACUCUUGUAUAAGUCAAAGAUUCUAAAGCAUAAUAUGUUUCGAUGAGUUAACUAAGUCUUCUAAUAUUAUGCAAAAUCAUCCAAUGGGAAGGCAAAAGGCUGAUAUGUUAUGUUGGUGAUGGUCUUAAUCGGUAUUGGUUUUCGUAGAUAA